UAAAAGAAGAGAAGAGCUAAACUAACAGAAAAGAUAAUCAGAAGAUGUCUCUUAAUGUGCGUAUUUUGUUUAUUUUAUGCCUUAAUAAUUGUUUUCCUAUGUUCUUAGUAUAUUAAAUUAGUAGGAUUACUGUGACAGAAUAUGACAAAGUAAAAGUUAAAGUUAAAUCACGUUACAUUGUGUUUGUAUUCCUAACAGCUUUAUCAACACAGCUUUGUUUUUCACAUUAUUUUUGCAUUAUUUUUACAAUUGCUGUCAACAUUAACAUUAAUACGGUCAAGGCAAUUGUGUGUUAUUUCACAUCUGAUUCGUCAAUUUUCCUACUCGUUUGCGUCAUUCUGAGGAUUAAGAAUAACAUCUGACAAUAUUUGGACAGUGUUUAUGUCUCGUUAUUUGUUUGAGUCAUAACAAAAUCAUUGUUUUCGAAGAAUAGUGCAAAAUUCAAGAUCACAGCAACACAUUUAAAUUGGUUUUUAUUCAUUACUAUUACCGACAACGAUCUGUUGCUUUAUCAGAUAGCUGUAGCUAGUAACUCAACCCGUUCAAAUGUGUUUGCUUUUUUUUCAACUCAAAGACAAAUUAGAUUCACCGAAUGACUUUAAAGUGAUUCUAAUUAGUGUUCGUGAUGAGUUUAUGGCAAGACCGACAUCACCUUUAACUCGUUGGCCAGAAAGUGAUAUAAUUGGUGCUCAAGACUUGGAACCUGGAAGAGAAGGUGGAACGUGGUUAGCUGUUAAUUCAAAAAAUGGAAGAAUCGGAAUACUUCUUAACAUCAAGGAAGCAAAGCAUGAUCUAAAUCCUCAUGCAAUGGGUCGAGGCAAAAUUGUUACCGAUUUUUUGAAUGGCAAUAACAGUGAUGAAUAUUUACAAUCAUUGGCAACGAAUGUUUCUAAUUACAACGGAUUUACUUUUGUUGGAAUCGAUUCCAAAUCCUGUUCAGCAUCAUACGUCAACAGUUUUACCAAGCCUCACAUUGUCAAGCUACAGCCAGGUAUUUAUGGCUUUGGAAAUGCAGAUGAUCCAAGUAAACCAUGGAAAAAGGUUGAUUAUGGUAGAGAUAAGUUUGCCAAGAUUGUAACAGAACUUUCAUCAACCGAUUGUAAAGAUAAGCUAAUAGAAAGAUUGUUUUCGUUGGUUUCUGACGAUACAAAAUUGCCUCAUGAUGAAAGGUUAUGGCGUCAAGCAUACGAUUGGACAGAAGAGCAGUUGGAACAAUUGAAUGCACUAUUUGUUAAAAUUCCUAGCAAAGAAUAUGGUUCCAGAACUUGGUCCAUUAUUCUGAUCGAUGGUCAAGGUAAUGGUAAUGUUAUUGAGAGGACUCGGAUUCCACCUAUCGAUUGCUCUAAUAAUGAUAUCACCUCAGAAUGGAAAGAAACUUCUUUUUCAUUUAAAUGCAGUCCAAAUUAAUUUAUCCUCAUUGACUUUACACCGUGAUCGCAUUGAAUCGACAAAGUGUUACAGGCAGCAUCUUCGUUUACUCCCACUCAUAAGAUCUAUACGCAGAGAAGAUUGAAAACUUCAGAAAUAUUUCAUUUGAGAUGAGCCAUAAUCUAUUCUGAUCGUCGAUUUUGUCAAAUUCCGUACCCGCUCAGUACGAAUAUUAAAAAACAAACAGGACAACAAUUGUACUCCUGUAAUCAAAUUACUAUAAAUAAAUGUUACUCAAAAACUA